AUGUUGUCAUCAACAACAGCACUUCCCGCCAGAGCGGCCAUGAACUACUACAGCAAAUCCUCAUUCAAUCCAUUAUCUCUGGUAUCGGUGCUCUACUCGGCCAUGGCCUACCUGUCGAUUGCUUGUAUCAAGCCCAUUCCCAUUCUCAAUCGGGGACUGCCCAAGCUGCAAGAAAUCCCGAAGACGGUAUUGACGACACCCAAGGUUGCCAUUGUGACUGGAUCGAAUACUGGAAUUGGUUUUGAAACGAGCAAAGCUCUGGUGGAAAGAGGAUACCAAGUAAUACUGGCAUGCCGAUCCCAAGACAAGGCUCAGCAAGCCAUGGAACGGAUGGAACGAGAAUUGGGCCCGUCUGCUGCUGGAAAGGCCGUCUAUGAAGGAUCAUUGGAUCUAUCGAGCUUCCAAUCAGUUCAUGAUUUUAGUCAACUCAUUCGCUCCAAAUACGACAAAAUUGAUCUCCUUGUCAACAAUGCUGGACGCAACACCAGUGGUCCAUCCGAAAAGGGCUUGGAUCUCUGCUUUCAAACCAACUUUUUGGGACAUUUUCUAUUGACCCAAAACUUGAUGGAUCCAUUGCUGCAGGCUGACGCACCACGAGUGGUUAAUCUCUCCAGUGUAAUGCAUCAUUACUGCCAAGCCGACACACACGACGAAACCUAUUGGCGACAAAGUGCACUCUUUGGAAAUCCCCAUUCCCGUGAGAGUUCGUACAGUGCUUCCAAAUUGGCCGCCCUGUAUUUUACCAUGGAACUCAAUCGCCGCUAUCGAGCCAACGGUUUGCGUUCCAUUGCCGUGAAUCCCGGAGCCGUCAAUUCGGAUAUCUGGAGGGAUUAUCCGCCAUUGAUACAGGCCAUUAACAAACGAAUCUUUCUCAACAAUCAACAGGGAUCUUACACAAGCGUUGCAGCAAGUGUUUUGGACAAUUUGCCCCCAGAUGUGAUUUAUUUGCAACCGUAUCAUCAAGUCCAGGGGAGCAGCAGCACUCCCUUUCCUGUCUUUGAAAUGCUGGGUCCUUUUGUUGGUUAUCAAGCUAUACAGCCCCGUCUCCCCAAAGAUGGGACCAAUGGAGAAUUGACAGCGCGGAUACUCUGGAAUGUUAGUGAAGAUCUGGUUUCCACCAAAAAAGUAGACUGA